AUGAAGGAGAAGAAGGCAACCGACAGCGCCCUCGCCGGCGAGCAAGGGGAGAAGUCAGAGAAAAUGAAAGUGGAGGACAGAGAGCGACGCAGGAAGAGAGACGAAGUCGGCGAGGCCGAAAAGCACGCCGAGGAAAGUUCCAGCGAGGAAGAAGAUGACGGAGAUGAAAUCCAGUUCAAAGCGAGGACUAAAGAAGAACUUAUACGACAAGGAGAAGACGAUGACGAAGACGAAGAAGAGGAUACAGACCUCACGGAGACAGUCCGGGCAUCGUUUGGCCUGUUCGAUCCUCACGAGGAAGCAGCAGAAGCAGUUCUCGCGCUUCUUCGCCACGCCCGCCUGGACGUGCUUUUGAAGACUCCGUCUGGCUCUCUGCGGGCCUUGGCUGAAACGAUUGCCAACCAGGGAAAUGUGGGAUCCGUGCUGAAGGCAGUCCCAGAAGACGAAGACGACUCUGGUAAAAAGGACGGGGCCGAACAAGACGACGACGCGCCCGUGGUCGGGUUCCUCUCUCUUCUUUCUCUUCGUCAAUACCCCGAAGCAACAGACGUGUUCAAGGACGCCCUCCUCCGCCUGGCUGCUGACCACGCCCCUGCUGGAAUGAAAGCGAAACUCGAGGCAGUUCUGGCCCCGGAAUCGGACGAAACGGCAGGAAAAGAAGGCGCGGGAAGGAAGCACGAAGUCAACUGCGGGUGGAUGCUGAAGGAGCGGGUGAACAAUACUCCUCCUGCGCUCAUUCCCACCAUGUUUGCUUCGCUCCUGGAAGACAUAGCCUGGAGCUUAGCGACUGAGGAAAUGGACGAAGAGGAGAGACCCUUCUACAAGUACACGCACGUCGUCGCUCUUACGAAGGUGUACAAGGAGGCUGACGCAGGGCCAACAGCUGGGCCGAAGAAGGCCAAGGGGGACGAACCACUGGGGUUCAAGGCGUUCUUCCCCCACCCUGAGGACGAGGAGCUUCUUAAAGUGGCUACGUCUUACUUCACGUGCCCAACUGGUUCAUCCGCGCGCAUCUCUGCUGUGGAGGAUGGAGGCAGUGCGGUUAGCGAAGGGAACCGGAAGAAGAACGUGAGCCCGGAAGCAGCCGAUGACGACACCAACAUGGAGGCGUGCGGCCAGAUUCGUUCCUGUCCAGAGUAUCUUCUUCUCCUCUUGCUGCCGUUCGACAAACUGAAAAACUGCACGGACGCUAUGCAGCGACAGGCGCUUUUGCAGGCAGCCUCGUAA